UAAGUUGUAACUAACUCUUGAGUCAUGAGACAAAGGGACUAUCUUCCACUUCAACCUCUUGAGUCUUGCAUAUUUUGCAAAAUUUGGUUUUCUUGAGCUUUGCAAAAAAAUUGCCCACUAUACACCAUUUCCUUCCAUUUUUUCAAGGAAAUUGGCAAUGGCAAUGGCCAUGGCCAUGGCCAUGGGAGGAAGUUGCAGAAUGCGCCCACCUUUUUCUAGAAUUAGGGUUACCUCUCAUCUCAUUUCUUCCAUGAUUCAAACUUUCUUCUUUAAACCCACCAAAAAUAUAACAGUUUCUCACCCUCAUUUCAUUGCUUCUUCUUCCUUUUCCUCUUCUGUUUCUCCAAUUUCAACCUCUUCUUUUUCCCCCAUUUCUCAUAAACCCCAAAUCCCUCUUUUUCUAAGACCACUUAUCUACUCCACAACCCUAUUAGACCUCCAUAAUUUCUUCGUUUGGGCUAAAACCCUAGCUUCUUCUGUAGGUUCCACAUUUGUUGAAAUUGACAAUGGUCCAGAUUCCAGUCUCCUUCUUAGAGAGCUAAAUUGGUUUCUUGAGGACACAAUUCAAGAUUCUUCACUUAUUUCUCAUCUGGGUACUUCCCAAAUUGAUGGAUUAAGUUCAAAAACGGUGGGUUUGAGAGCAAGUUUAGAUCAAAUGUAUAAGCUUUGGCAACAAAGGAUUGAAGAGAGGAGACCUUUUCAGUAUAUUGUUGGGUGUGAGCAUUGGAGGGAUUUAUUGUUGAGUGUUGAAGAAGGGGUUUUGAUUCCGAGGCCCGAAACCGAGAAGAUUGUUACUUUGGUUGAGGAUGUUGUAUGUACAAAUGAAGCUUUGAAGGAAGGGAUUUGGGCAGAUCUGGGGACUGGCUCUGGUGCUCUUGCUAUUGCAAUUUCAAGGAUUUUGGGCAACAGUGGUAGGGUUUUUGCAAUUGACUUGAGCCCUAUUGCAGUUUCUGUUGCUAGUUAUAAUGUUGAGAGGUAUGCUUUACAGGAUGUCAUAAAGGUAAAGCAAGGAUCUUGGUUUGAGCCGUUGAUGGAAUUUGAAGGACAACUUGCUGGUCUUGUGAGCAAUCCACCUUAUAUACCAAGUGAAGAUAUCAAUGGGUUGCAAGCUGAAGUUGGGAAAUAUGAACCUGUGCUUGCAUUGGAUGGAGGUGUGGAAGGCAUGGAUAGUCUUUUUCAUAUAUGCUCAACAAUGUCGAUAAUGCUCAAACCGGGUGGUUUCUUUGUUUUUGAGACGAAUGGCGUAAAACAGUGCCAGGUGCUUGCAGACUACCUACAGAAUGCUACUGGAAACGGCUUCUGUGAUGUAACUAUUGUACCUGAUUUUGCUGGCGUCCGACGAUUUGUGAUUGGACAUCGUAGAUAAGCUGAUGCAUUUGAUGAUCUGAACCGAAAAGAUACGGUAAUGGCCUAUAACUCUAAGGCAUCAUUUGGUUUUCUCUAUAUGUUUGUCCGCUAAUGAAUUGAGCUUUAUACAAUGCAUUUAUAGCGGCAUUUGCCUCUUCUAAAUCUUUCUUGACAAAAUUAUAUUAGAAACUUACAGGUCAUAUCACCUCAUUGACAAUUGAGCUUAGGAUCUACGUAUUUAGACUAGUUUGAUAUUGAGGGUGUUUGGCAAACGGCUAGUAGCUGGUAGCUGGUAGCUGAUAGCUGUUAUAAUGGUUGAUUUGACUAGUUGAUUUUAUUAAACUAGCUGAUUUUGGACCCGCUGCUAUGAGUAGUUUGUUCAAAAACAACUUAUUCAUAUCAAUAAGUUGUUUCAACCAAUUAGUUCAUCAACCCUCUAUUUAUAAUCAAAAUAAACUAAAAUUGCUCAAUAAGCUAAUUUGCCAAACACCCCCAUUAGCUUUUUCUCAAGUUUUUUAUUGUUUAGUGCUAUGUUACUUGGACUCGGGUACUGAUGUCGGGUACCGGUACGUGUCCAAGUGCUGCAUACGUCUAAAUAUUCAAUUUUACGCCUAAAAUGAAGUGUCUAAGUGUCAUACUUAUGUCCCAGUAUCAAGGAUUGGACACGGGUACGUGAAGGAAAAUGAAGAGUCCGAGUAACAUAGGUUUUGUGUAAGGUAGAACCAUUCACAUAUUGUUCUUAGCGAAUAAUAUGAAGUAUUAUCCAAUUAAGAAGUAGAACCAAUUGUGAAAUUGAUAUAUUUGAUUUUAACGAAGAACAAAUAUAAGUGCGGAAUAAUGACUUUAGUUUGCUUUCUAAAGGCCAAGCCACCAAGAACAAGUCUAAGGGAUCAAAUUACUUGAAUUUGCAUAGAUUAAACGACCAGAAACUACAACCAUGACUUAAGAAGAGAGUGUAAAGGAUUUAACCAUCAACUCUCAAGAGGAAACACACGUUCUUUUGUAUAAGAGGCUCUUAUUACUCAUCAAAAAUUUGAAUAUCAAACAAAUCUAAAUUCACUGUUUGUCUAAUUAUUUUAAGCUAUUACGAUUUACGAGUAUUUUUCUUGUUGCCUUUGCCUUUUUACAUACCAUUCGAUUAUUUUUUAUGUUUUACCUAGUUAUUUUUUUAUAUAUAUUUUAUUUAUCUAUAUGUUUUUGACUACUGAGAUUUUUUUUUUUGAGGAUUCAUCUGUGGAUCAUCUUCGAGCCGAGGGACUCUUUAGUCGCGCUCUCCUUUAUGGCUACUGGCGCUGCUGCUGAACUACAUCAAGGUCAUCUUCUUUUGUUUCCUAAUGUGACAUCUUUGGAUAGUGGUACUAUUGUGCUCCUUAUUUGUGAACGUGCACCCAAUUUUGAGUUGGACAUCUGCGGUUACACGAGCAAGCGACUGAGAAUGCUGUGACCUGUGGUUACACGUGCAAGCGACUGAGAAUGCUGGGACAGUAUAUUUUCGAAGAGAUGCUAUGGUACGAAAGAUCAGCGCUUCGCCUGGACCCAUCUCAACAACUCAGCGGGGCAACUGAGGCGUUUUCCGGGCUAUCUAAAAUUCACAAGGCUUCAUUUGCAUUAUUUGUUUGAAUUAUAGUUUGGAUCAGUUUUAGUACUCAAUUUGCUCAAAUUCUACCUUAUUGAUAGAUGAUCCAAUAUCAAUUUCUAUAUUUGCUUCAAGCUUAAUAAAAUGUGCAAUUUUCCGA